ACGGAAUUUCCGGAAACUAUGAAUCUUUACACCAAGUUUGUUUCCUAUGGAUUGGUUGGUCAUAAUACAGUUUAUCACAUGUUCAUCGAAAAUUUCGUGGAUCAGGAGGUCGUUAUUCCCUAUCUGUUGCAGGAACUUUUAGAAAGAAAUCUACUUUUUCCCCAACACUGUCAGCUAAUCAUUGACCACUACCUGCGCGUGAACCCGAACUCCCGCGCGCUUGCUUGGCUUUUAGAACUAGAGUUGGUCGUGCAUUUUAUGAGCAUCCGACCCGGUUUCAACCUUUUUCUUCGGCUUCAGCUCAGCCGUGAAAACACUGAAGAAGUGCACGCGGUUCUGAGUAAAAUGGUGCUUUUACGCCUUCUGUUGGCCCCUGAAACUCUUAGUUGGGUCGUAAAGUACUACUUCGGCACUGAGAAGGAGCGUCUGAAGGACUGGCUGUUUAUAGUGAAGUUGGGCGAAGUGUCCAAUAAUGCUGUAUUUGAGCAACUAUUGGACGAAAUGUUUAAACCCGAUCAUUGCAUGACUUUGUCGCUGUUCUGCAGCUUCGUUCAGGCUUUGAAGAAUGCUCGUUAUAUAAGACUUGCGGUUCAAAAACUGUUUUAUUUUGUGCUCGUUUCGCCACGCCCGCAAUACUAUUUAACUCUGGAAGAUGUUCUUCUCUGCUAUCCCGACAGGGUACACGAGAUGAGACCUUCGGUAUUUUCACGAGUGAUUGACUAUCUCAUUGACAGCGGCACCCCCGAGAACACGGCCUGGGUCAUUAAACUUCUUGAGAAGCACAAAUUACCACAUUUUGGGUAUAAAUGGGAAACUUUCGCUCUUGAACAGGCCAAAACAGGCGCAUUUAAAAGCGUUUUUCGACUAUUUCAGCGCCCCCGAUGUUUUUCUUAUGAACACGUAAAGGAACUCGCCAGACUGGCAAACCAGCAAUUAAACCACGUGCUUUAUAAUAAUUUAGCUCGCAUGUUGUCCAUAAACAGGGGUGGGAGCGACCUCUACGACCAAUCAGGCUACCUUUCCAGUAUACUGAUAUCGAGAAAGUAUGAAGCCUGCUUGGAAGUCGCGCUGCGUAAUUGCGAAAAAGCAGGCGAUUUAUACACGCCCCUUAUACUGUUUAAGUUGGUGGCGGGAGAGCCCGGCUUGCGGCUACCGCAUAUAAUGUACCGCAAUAUUCUGGGGUUGCUGCUUAAGGUGAAACGCCUCCCCAACUCAUUGGUGCCACACUGCAAGGACCGCUCUGUCCAAGCGCUGCCACAUCCUGUCAACUUUGGAGACUCUGCCGCGUGGAAGGCACCGACGGCAUUCUAAUGGACUUU